AUGAUUGUUUUCGGUACUCUCAUGCUCCUUGCUACUGGAGUGUACUCUUCUAUGAGUUCAGCGGAAUGUGAACCCAGUCACAAGGUGAAAUGCAUUACAUCAGCUGAUAUUCUCAAUGCCUCUGGUCAUGUCAACAUUUAUGUUGGUAAAGUUCUCACCAUUUCCCUGGCAGUUGGGCAAACCUGUCAGUGGAUUAAGAGGGGAAUUCUGAUCACAAACAGUAGCCACAUCCUGAACAUACAGACCAUGUCUGAAGCAGACUCCGGGGAGUACACCAUGGUCUGUCGAUCCCAAAACGGCACCUCAACCUCCACGACUGUGCAUCUUCAUGUGAUCACAAAACGACCCAUAAAACCACAUCUGGUUUUGUGUAACUUUAGCGAAUCGGCAUCGCCUGGGUUUAAAUGCUUCACUGAUGGAUACCCAAACACUUCUCUAAAAUGGUCAAGAAAUAAAGGUGGUAAAAUUAUUACUACAAUUGAUGGACGUGUUGAAAGUCAAAUAUCCUCCGUUGACUAUUACCAAAUGCAAGCAAUGUGUUGUGCCUCCAACAAAGCUGGACAGGAGUGCACCCAACUCUAUGACAUCGACUUGACAAACUCCUACAAAGAUUUAACAAACAGUGACCAUUUGAAUGUAACCCUGAGCCCUGGAGAGUCCUUACUGAUGCGCUGCAGUGUAACGUAUCCAGAUGUCUCUGAAUGGUGGAAAGACAACAACAAAAUUAAGAAUGCAGUCUGCUCCUCUGCUCACACAUACAAGGCUUGCGUUUUGGAGGAUUCCCAUUAUUCUACUGACAUGGUGUAUGUCUCUGUACCGUCGGUCAAUGUUCAUGACAGCGGCACGUAUACAUGCAGAAGUGAAAAACAAACCAAAUCAGUUCAUGUUUCAGUUCAAGCUGAAGGGUUUUUAUCUGUUAAGCUGGAGACGAGUUUAAUCAUAAAAAGGGAACAAUUUAAUACCACAUGCUUGCAAGCCAAUGUCUUCUAUCACCCGUUUCUUCAAGACUGCAUAUGGGAGACACCCGAUAAUAUGAAAAUCAAAUGUCUUACUGAACCAUGGGUCACUAAACAUAGGAACGUAAGGCUGUGUGAGACUCUGAAAACAGGGGAGUACAAGUUAAAUAUUGAAGCUGGUGGAAUUAAUGAAACAAAGUCUAUAUCUGUAUGCAUUGCUGAUACACCUGAUAUAAAGAUGAGGGCUGUAAAUAAUACCUACAGCGCAACAACUAUGAGUCUUGUUCCAGCCAAUUACUCAUGGAUGUCUUGCUCGAAUGACAGCUGCGAGGAAGAUUCUGAUUGGGAAGUACUAGCCCAAACGUCAAAGAUAGAUUUGGAAGUAUCCUGUAAGAAGACAAUUAUGAGUUCUUUGCGUGGUGACCAAGUGUCUGGACUUUUUGUGAGGUUUUGUCUCACUAACUCUGUCGGACACUGGUGUAAAAAGCGCCCUGUACAUUUUCAGCAAGCAACCCUGGCUUUUGUUGGUCACCGUUACGAUGCCAACAGUACACUUUUGAAAACUGGCUGUGUGUUUUUACUGCUUGCGUUGCUUGUUGUGACCAUUAUUCUACGUUAUUAUGUAAAAAAGAAGAAACCAAAGCCUCAACUUCAUAUGAUCCAGAUGGUUGCACCAAAUGACAAUGAUUAUAUCUACAUCAACUUUAAGGAUUUUGCAUAUGAUUCAAAGUGGGAGUUUCCCAGAGAAAAUCUAGAAUUAGGUAAAGAGCUAGGUUCUGGUGCUUUUGGCAUGGUGCUGCAGGCUACGGCAUAUGGCAUCGACAAACCUGGUGUCUCACAACAGGUGGCUGUAAAAAUGCUCAAAGAAAAACACCAGGCCGUAGAGAAGGAAGCUCUCAUGUCGGAGCUGAAGAUGCUGACACACAUCGGUCAACAUGCCAACAUUGUUAACCUGCUGGGUGCUUGCACAGAGACGGGCCCGAUUUACCUGAUUUUCCAAUACUGUUGUUAUGGUGACUUACUGAAUUAUCUUAAGGACAACAGUCAGCACUACCACAAGUCUGUGACUGAUGCAUUCAUUAAAGAGCGCUUUAGCAGCCUGUACAACAACCAUCCCUCCAGCAAACCAGCCAGGGAGAUGCCGUCUCUGGAUAAUUACUUGCCAAUGCACGCGUCUUCCGCCAGGGGGCAGGAGAACACCGCGCUGCUGACUCUUACCUCUACUGACGAGAUAGAUUGCUUUGAAGACACAAAACUUUUUGAAGGUCAAGAAGAGGAUGUACAAGCCCUUACAUUUGAUGAUCUGCUGAGCUUUGCCUAUCAAGUGGCCAAGGGCAUGGAAUUCCUCUCCUCUAAAAAUUGCAUCCACCGUGACCUGGCUGCUCGAAAUGUAUUAAUCACAAAGGGUCGAAUGGCAAAAAUUGGAGACUUUGGAUUGGCACGGGACAUUGAUAAUGAUUCAAACUAUGUUGUACGAGGAAACGUACGUUUGCCUGUUAAAUGGAUGGCACCUGAGAGCAUUUUCCAGGGAAUGUACACAAUGAAGAGUGAUGUCUGGGCUUAUGGCAUCUUGCUGUGGGAAAUAUUCUCUCUUGGUGUUACUCCAUAUCCUGGCAAGAAGGUGGAUCACACUUUCUAUGCAAUGAUUGAGAGAGGCUUUAAAAUGGAUUGCCCAUACUAUGCCAAUGAGUCUGUGUACAACAUGAUGUGCAAAUGCUGGGAACUUGACUCAUGCGACCGACCAUCUUUCUCCAAGCUGGCAUCCUUUAUGGCGGCUCAGUUAACAGAGAUGGAAGAAGAGCUUUACCACAAUGUGCUUAACUCAAACUCCAAUGAUUACCAAAACGCACCCUCUCUUUUGAUAAAACAAGAUGAAAACAAGACAGCCAUAGGUAAUGACUACAGUGCAGCCUACAAAGCAGACGGGAGCGAUGGUAACAUUCACAUCACAAACAUCACACACGAUGGAAAAGUACAGAUGUGA